GUCGCCUCCAAUGAUGUUUAGUCACCCCGCGUCAUCAUUCCGUCUGAGCGAGGAGGCUAGCUAAAGCUCAUGUAUCCCAUUGGUCGCUUCCGUCAAUGUAAACAUGUAGCCGGUUCCCCAGUCUAUGGUGUAACCGCACUGCUAUUGAGCCGCGUUUCCUAAUUGUCAACACGUGUGUCAUUAGGUCGGAUAGUGAUGGAUGUGUCGCUGGAAAUAGUCGUUUCGGAACCGGGGCAAUGUAGUGUUAGCUUGAUAACUAGCUAGCACUGAGUAGCUAGUUAGCUAACUACCGGGCUGUGUUUGUAUGGGCUGGCCUUGCUAAUUAGACAGCUAGCUCCCAGUUGGCAGCCACGAAGGGCUACAUUGAUGGCGGCCAAGCGAAGGAGGAUGGCAAGUAAUGUAAUUUAACGAAGACACACAUCAAGAAACGGAGACCAUCCCCGCCCCUAAACAAUAUGAGUAAAUCUCGAGGUCCUGGUGCCUCGUCACCGGUGAACGGAAAACAAGGGAACGACUGGGACACCAGGCGGAAAAGGAAAAUUGCGGACAUCACACAUGCCCUCAGUGCUAGUCCAGUGGAUGUGGCCGCUUUGAGGAGGAUGGCCAUCAGUGAGGGUGGUCUGCUGACUGAUGAACUACGCUGUCAAGUUUGGCCUCGGCUCCUCAACGUCCCUCCUCACGUCUUGGAACAAGAGCCAGAAACAGUAGAGCGGGAGAAUAACAAGGACUACAACCAGGUGCUGCUGGAUGUCCAGCGCUCGCUGCGGAGGUUCCCACCUGGUAUGCCAGAUGAGCAGAGGGAGGGUCUCCAGGAAGAACUAAUUGACAUCAUCCUUCUAGUUCUGAAACGCAAUCCCCAGCUGCAUUACUACCAAGGAUACCAUGACAUUGUUGUCACUUUCUUACUGGUCCUGGGAGAGCGCCUUGCAACUGCUCUUGUGGAAAAGCUCUCCACUCACCACCUCAGGGACUUCAUGGAUCCAACCAUGGAUAACACAAAACACAUUCUUAACUACUUGAUGCCCAUCAUUGAGAGGGUCAACCCUGAAGUGCAUGACUUCAUGCAACAAGCGGAGGUGGGGACGGUCUUCGCUCUCAGUUGGCUGAUCACCUGGUUUGGUCACGUCCUGUCAGACUUCCGACAUGUUGUCCGGUUGUAUGACUUUUUCCUGGCCUGCCAUCCAUUGAUGCCGAUCUACUUUGCUGCUGUGAUUGUGCUGUACAGAGAAGAGGAGGUGUUGGAGUGUGAAUGCGAUAUGGCCAUGGUUCAUCACCUGCUGUCUCAGAUUCCCCAGGAUCUGCCAUAUGAGACACUCAUCAGCCGAGCAGGAGACCUCUUUGUCCAGUUCCCUCCCUCUGAACUGGCCAGAGAGGCUGCCUCACACGACAGCACGGCGGCCUCUACCUUUAAGGACUUUGACCUUGCGUCCACUCAACAGCGACCGGACUCUGUUCUCCGUCGCCGCCGCAGACAGAAACAGGCUGCACUGGAGAGAUCCGCAGCGAACGCGGUAGUGGUGGUGGCCCGACCCUCGGCAGCGCGGCGGUUUGUCCGACUGGCUGUCAUGGGUCUCACAGUGGCGUUGGGGGCAGCAGCUCUCGCUGUGGUCAACACUGCCCUGGAGUGGGCCCCCAAACUAAACUUUUUCCCUUGAACUGCUCCUCUUUUACUCCUAUGCGCCAGCGGAUCUGUUCAUGAAUGCUGGUGGGUCUGUUUCCAAGAACCCUUUUAAUUCAUGAACCCACACACCAUGCAGUCUAACACUGUCUGGAGUGCACACUCUACACUGAACCAGUUAACGCUCCUCGUUUCAUCUUCUAGGACGUGUCCUCUAAGGUCCUUUUUUAUGACUCUUGAAGAGCGGGCACCAGUCAAACAGCUCCUCCGGCUGGUGUUCUGAGAUGAAGAGCCCAUCCUGUUAUAAUGAAGAGACUGUUUUUAUAAGAACUAUUACUGAUGGUGUCAUUAAUAAAGCUUUAUUUAAAUUCGGUAUUAGGAUAAUCUGAUAUUGAGUUAUGCUCACAGAGAUUUAUGCUGAAAACUUGGUGGACUCAUUACACUUGAAACUGCUGCCGUGUGUGUGUGUGUGUGUGUGUGUGUGUGUGUGUGUGUGUGUGUGUGUGUGUGUGUGUGUGUGUGUGUGUGUGUGUGUGUGUGUGUGUGUGUGUGUGUGUGUGUGUGUGUGUGUGUGUGUGUGUGUGUGUGUGUGUGUGUGUGUGUGUGUGUGUGUGUGUGUGUGUGUGUGUGUGGUCGCAACCCAUUUGUUAUCUAUUUGAUAGUUGGACUAAGACCAAAUAUAGAGGACUGAUAGAAUCAUUUGUGUUAUUUACUGUUUUUUAAUUUAUAGAUAUGUAAAGAGAGAUGGUCAUGACACACAGGCACUUUGUUAGGUUAACAAUUUUCUUAUGUUAUAGGUAAUUUAAGUUUAGUGUCUUCAAAAGGUAUCUUCCUUUCUGGGAUGGAGUAUCUUUGAAACGUGUCACCCUUUACUGCACAUUUUAGAUCAGAUCAUCUAAACAUAUCUGAGAACUUAUAUGUGUUGUAGCCUGUUUGAAAUGUACAUUUGUAUCUCAAAACUCCUAAAGAUAAGCCCCCUGAUUGGAGUACAGCUUUCACGGUCCUGGAAGGGAAGAAAAAAAUCAUAUUGAAGUAGUUUUACUUGCUUUCCUUUUUUAUUUACGUACUUAAUUGUUCGGUUGCAAAACCUUAAAAGUGUGUCUUGUUUCAUGGCCUCCAAUAAAUAGGGUAUGCUUUCUGCGUCACUUUUUAUGGAGUAGAUGAUUCAAUCUCUCCUUAUAGUUUAUUAACACACGCACUUAUUCUGGGGAACAGAAAAUCUCAGCGCUGAGAUAUAGUGAUUGAAAUGAAGUGGACAUUCUGUAGUCUUAGGGCUGGCACAGUGGGGGACCCACUUUGCACUGACUGCAUUAGUUUGAUAGGUGCUUUUCUCACUCCUUGAAGGGUGCUCCAAAAGUGCCCAAGCCUUCAUAAUAAUGCAAUCCAUGUUUUUUUUUUUGUUUCCAGACAUGAAUUUAGCUUUAACACGUAACAUUAAGUUUGAUUGCUUUUAGCGGAGCGUUUGUAUUUCAGAGGCAGUCGAGCUCAUUCCAAUGUUCCAGUCAUUGUCACACAUGCUUAGGUUUCACUUUCCUGAAUAGCUGUGUCUCUACAGAAAAUACAUAGCAAAUAGUUUGUCAGAGUACUAUAUUUUAAGAUGGGGAAUUUGGGUUGUCUGUAAUCCUUGUGAUGUAUUCUGCUUAACAGAAAAUGUUUCAGAAUUAUUGACUUGGAGUUCUAGGUCAUCUACGUUUCACGGCACAACAACCAGUCCACUGAAAACGUUUCACUUCACUUAAAGGUGUUGAAGAGAGAAUUAGCUUUUGCUGUAUUAGGACCUGAAUGCGUUAGCGUCCCCAUUCCUGUAUGAUGGUUGAUUGGUGUUUUGCCUUUUGUGGUGAACCACUGAUUCAGCUGUUAGUGGAUCUGCAUACUGGUCGAAAUGAAGGUGACCUGGAACACGUCCGAGGGCGCACUCAGGGGCCUGAGAGCGAACACACCAUGUUUCUGCACUCAGUGGUUUUCAUUUGUUAUCAUUGCACUAAAUAAUUGAUCUGCCUUUUUGUUUAUUUUGUUAUACUAAUGUAAAGUUGUACAAUAUAAUGCUAAUAAACUAGAGUGAAAAUGUA